AUGGCAGACAAGAUCUUCACUUUCUUCCUAAUCUUGUCUUCAAUCUCUCUGUUUUCCUCUCCUCUCCUCUGUUCUUCAUCAAUUUCAUCUCUUAAUCUCUCACUAAUCAGACAAGCACAAGUCCUUGUCACUCUAAAGCAAAGCUUUGAUUCCUAUGAUCCUUCUCUUGACUCAUGGAACAUUCCAAAUUUCAAUUCCCUCUGUUCUUGGACUGGCGUUUCUUGUGACAGCUUAAACCAGUCCAUUACCCGUCUCGACAUCUCUAACCUCAACAUCUCCGGCACUCUCUCACCGGUAAUCUCCCGUCUUUCGUCGUCUCUAGUGUUCCUCUCCGUUGCUUCAAACACUUUCUCCGGCGAGAUCCCUAAAGAGAUCUAUAAGCUCACCAAUCUCGAAGUCUUGAACAUCUCAAGUAACGCCUUCGAAGGAGAGCUUGAGCCACAAGGGUUCAGUCAAAUGACUCAGCUCGUGCAUCUCGACGCUUACGACAACAGCUUCAACGGAUCACUCCCUCUCUCUCUAACCGAACUCACUCGUCUCGAGUACUUAGAUCUCGGUGGAAACUUCUUCGUCGGUGAGAUCCCUAGAAGCUACGGAGGUUUCUUGACUCUCAAGUAUCUUUCCUUAUCUGGAAAUGAUCUCCAUGGGAGGAUCCCUAACGAGCUAGCGAACAUCACAACUCUACAACAGCUCUACUUAGGUUACUUCAACGAUUUCCACGGCGGGAUACCUCCGGAUUUCGGGAGAUUGAUCAAUCUUGUUCAUCUGGAUUUAGCUAACUGCAGCUUGAAAGGAUCGAUCCCUCCAGAGUUAGGGAAUCUCAAGAACUUGGAGGUUUUGUUUCUUCAGACCAAUGAGCUUACAGGCUCUGUUCCAAGAGAGCUAGGGAACAUGACAAGCCUCAAGACUCUAGACCUCUCCAACAACUUUCUACAAGGACAGAUUCCUCUGGAGCUAUCUGGACUUCAAAAGCUUCAACUGUUCAACCUCUUCUUCAACAGGUUACACGGCGAGAUCCCUGAGUUCGUGUCUCAGCUUCCUGAUCUUCAAAUCCUCAAGCUUUGGCACAACAACUUCACCGGCAAGAUUCCUGCAAAGCUAGGUUCAAACGGGAAGUUGAUAGAGAUCGAUUUGUCUACCAAUAAGCUCACAGGUUUGAUCCCUGACUCGCUCUGUUUCGGAAGAAGGCUAAAGAUUCUCAUUCUCUUCAACAACUUCUUGUUCGGUCCUCUCCCUGAAGAUCUUGGCCAAUGCGAGCCGCUCUGGAGAUUCCGUCUUGGUCAGAACUUCCUGACAGGGAAAUUGCCGAAUGGUUUGGUUUAUCUGCCGAAUCUUGCGCUUCUCGAGCUUCAGAACAACUUCUUGACCGGAGAAAUCCCGGAAGAAGAGGCGGGAAAUGAGCGGUUAUCAAGCCUCACGCAGAUCAAUCUCUCCAAUAACCGGUUAUCCGGACCGGUUCCUGGUUCAAUCGGAAACCUAAGAAGUCUUCAGAUUCUGUUUCUUGGUGCAAACCGAUUCACUGGACAAAUCCCCGGUGAGAUCGGAAGUUUGAAGAGUCUUCUCAAGAUUGACAUGAGCAGAAACAACUUCUCAGGCAAGUUUCCUCCUGAGUUUGGUGAUUGUCAGUCACUCACAUACUUAGAUUUGAGUCAUAACCAAAUCUCCGGGCAGAUUCCACCUCAGAUUUCGCAGAUUCGGAUUCUAAACUAUCUGAAUGUUUCUUGGAAUGCUUUAAACCAAAGCCUCCCUGUGGAAUUCGGAAACAUGAAGAGCUUAACAUCAGCAGAUUUCUCACACAACAACUUCUCCGGUUCAUUACCAACUUCAGGGCAAUUCUAUUACUUCAACAACACGUCAUUCCUCGGAAACCCUUUUCUCUGUGGAUGUUCUUCCAACCCUUGCAGCGGUUCCCAAAACCAGUCUCAGUCUCAGCUUCUUAACCAGAAAAACGCAAAUUCCCACGGCGAAAUCUCCGCAAGAUUCAAGCUGUUGUUCGGUUUAGGCCUGCUAGGGUUUUCCUUGGUGUUCGUGGUUUUAGCUGUGGUCAAGAGUCGGAGAAUGAGAAGGAACAGCUCGAAUAUAUGGAAGCUCAUAGGGUUUCAGAAGCUUGGUUUUAGAAGCGAACACAUUUUAGAAUGUGUCAAAGAGAACAAUGUGAUCGGUAAAGGCGGUGCAGGGAUUGUUUACAAAGGCUUGAUGCCAAACGGAGAAGAAGUUGCGGUCAAGAAGCUCUUAACCAUAAGCAAAGGAUCAUCUCACGACAACGGUUUAUCCGCAGAGAUUCAGACAUUAGGUCAAAUAAGACACAGAAACAUAGUGAGAUUGCUCGCUUUUUGUUCAAACAAAGACGUGAAUCUCCUUGUUUACGAGUAUAUGCCUAACGGUAGCCUCGGAGAAGUCUUGCAUGGGAAAGCUGGAGUGUUUUUGAAAUGGGAAACGCGGUUGCAAAUAGCGUUGGAAGCGGCUAAGGGACUGUGUUAUCUUCACCACGAUUGCUCGCCGCUUAUAAUCCACCGCGAUGUGAAGUCAAACAACAUCUUGUUGGGUCCUGAGUUUGAAGCUCAUGUUGCUGAUUUUGGUCUUGCUAAGUUUAUGAUGCAAGACAAUGGAGCUUCAGAGUGUAUGUCCUCCAUCGCUGGCUCAUACGGCUACAUCGCUCCAGAAUACGCAUAUACUCUAAGAAUAGACGAGAAGAGCGAUGUGUACAGCUUCGGAGUAGUGUUGUUGGAGCUGAUAACGGGUCGAAAACCGGUAGAUAAUUUUGGAGAAGAAGGGAUAGACAUUGUGCAAUGGUCAAAGAUUCAGACAAACUGUAAUAGACAAGGUGUGGUGAAGAUCAUUGAUCAGAGAUUGAGCAAUGUGCCAUUAGGAGAAGCCAUGGAACUGUUCUUUGUGGCGAUGCUAUGUGUUCAAGAACAUAGUGUUGAGAGACCGACCAUGAGAGAGGUUGUCCAGAUGAUCUCUCAAGCUAAACAGCCCAAUACUUUCUAA